AUGAAUAUUCCAACAAAAAGUGAAACAGAGGGGAAACUAUGUGGGAAUUUCUCUGAAGAAACUGAGCAGGAACCCUUUGAAGAGAAAGCUGUCCAUGCUGAUGGACAACAUCAACCCUCCGAUUUCAGCAAAAACUUUCAUGGUCCAUCCAACCUGCUGACACCACCGAGAAUCCCUAAAGUGGAGAAGUUGUAUAAAUGCUUGGAAUGCGGGAAGUCCUUCAGUCGCAGCGCCCACCUGACGUCCCACCAGAUCAUCCACACUGGAGAAAAGCCGUAUACAUGUUUAGAGUGUGGGAAGAGCUUUGUUCGCCUCUCAUCAAAUUAUCCACACAGGGGAGAAGCUGUACCAGUGCUCGGAGUGCGGGAAAAGUUUCAACAAGAGCACCAACUUCGUGAGGCAUCAGAAGAUCCACAAAGGAGAGAAGCUGCAUCAGUGCGCCAAUUGCAACAAGUCUUUUACCAACAAACCGAGUCUCAUUCAGCACCAAAGGGUUCACAUGGGGGAGAGCCCUACAAAUGUUAUGAGUGUGGGAAGAGCUUCAGUCAUAGGGGCAGCCUCAAUGCGCAUCAGCGGAUGCACACGGGGGAGAAGCCGUACGGCUGCACAGACUGUGGGGAGAGCUUUCGGGAUCAGUCCAGCCUUAUUAGACAUAAGAGAACCCACACCGGGGAGAAGACCUACACCUGCUCAGAGUGUGGGAAAAGCUUCAGCCAGAGCACAAACCUGACUUUGCAUCAAAGGGUGCACACUGACGGGAAGCUUCAAGAAGAAUCUCCCCAAAUGCUUAACACGGCCAGGAUUCUGGAUAAACUUGGCAUCUGCCAUGAAUUUGCGAUAUGGAGGAUCCUUAUGAAUGGAAUACCCUCCAGGAAACCAUCUGACUUGAUUGUCAAGGAAAUGCUUUUUGACAGAGUGCCGGUGAUGGUCUGUUGUCCCAAAAGAGCAAGUCCAGAGAACAGACGAGGACUUGUCUGGAUCCACGGAGGAGCUGGCUUGUUUGGAAGCCUCCGAGCUUACAGAAGGCUGUGCAAUUUCAUUGUCCGGAAAACUGACACUGUGGUCGCAUGCAUCGGAUACCCCUUGGCGCCAGAGCACCCCUAUCCAGCUCAACAACUCAGCUGCUACACUGCCGUAUCACAUUUUCUGAAGAAUGCGCAGGACUACGGGGUGGACCCGAAACGGAUCGUGCUGGCUGGUGACAGCAGCGGAGGCACACUUGUUGCCAGCACUGCUCAGCAACUUCUGAUGACAAAGGACCUGCCACAGCCCCGGGCCCACAUACUAAUCUAUCCUUUCCUACAAAGCCUGGAUUUAAAUUUACCUUCUUACCAGCAAAACCAGUCCAUUCCCCUCUUAGUCAAGAAAGAGGCUGUUCGUCUUGGCACAAUUUAUCUCUUAGGAACCAGUGCUUGGGUCAAUGAAAUUAUGGCCAAUGCCCAUGUCCCGCAGGAACUUAUGGCAAACUAUCAGAAAUGGAUCAGUGCGGAACAUAUUCCGGAGGAAUUUAAAGGCCGGGGUUACGUGCCGUUUGUACCUGGUCCGUUUUCAGAAGAUCUUUUCAAAAAAUGCAAAACAGUUUUUGACCCCAUAUUUUCCCCACUCCUGGCGGAAGACGCAGUCAUCCAGCAGUUUCCAGAGACUUUCCUUUUAACCUGCGAAUAUGACAUUUUCCGGGAUGAUGGCUUGCUCUAUAAGAAGAGGCUGGAAGACAAUGGUGUCCCUGUCACCUGGCUUCACCUCAAGGAUGGAUUCCAUGCGAUCGCCUUGCUGAUAGGUAUGGGGUCAAUAGAGUUUCCAGGUACAAGGAAGAGUAUAAAUAGUGUAAUCCAAUUCCUAGAACGAUUCUAGAAAUCAAACAGCCUUGUUCCUCUUCCUUGUUCAUCUAGCCCUUGCCUUACAGACCUGGAUCUGAAGAGGUUAUACCCUAUAAUUUCAUCCAUCUGUCCUGCUUAACUGACCUGAAGAUGGUCCACCAACUCUUUGAAGAGACACAUCCUUGCCCUCUCCAGCUCGUUUAUAGCCCACCACUCAGGUAGCCUGGUGUCAGGCUGUGCAGGAAACUGUGGUUUUCCCUCUUACUCAAAAAACAGAAUUUCCCAUAUGACAGUCUAAGUGGCACCGAGGAACAGUUGGGAGAGUGGCCAGAUGUCUAACUUUUGCGCUCUCCUUCUCCCUAUAGUCAGGACAGUGGUUCUUUGGAAUAUCAAACUUGUGGAGAAUGUUGAACGUGACAGCACAAGGAAACAACAGCCCAUCACCAGCCAUCAACAUCCCAAUGAACCAAUAGGAAGGCAUCACAUAAUUGCGACUCACAGAAUAGCCCAAAGUGCAUAUAGGUAGUCCUUGACUAACGAUAACAAUUGAGUCCAAAAUUUCUGUUGCUAAGUGAAACAUUUGCUAAGUGAA